UUCAGUGUUCUCAAAUAUCAAGGUUUUCCUUAUAAUUUACGUGUUAUUUCUAUUAAUUGAUGUCCCGGAAAUGUGAUGGAAAUUGAAAUAUUUUUCUGAUGAUAGAUGGACUUGUUUGAUGUACGAAUAAGUUUCCUGUAACGUUUGUCUUUUUCUUUUUUUGAACAAACACUUCUCGGGAUGUAUGUUAACAAGGAACCAGUCUCCUAAAAUGUUAUGGUGAUUAAUAGAGGAAGUAUUUAAUUACUUGGAAAUGGAAAUAUGUUUAGUAAAGUUUGCUUUGUUUAAUGUUGCAAUCACAUAUAUGGUGGAGUAAGAACAAGAUGGGUCAGUGUACAAGUGUUACAAAAGGCCAAGGUAACUCCAGUGGAAAUGUAAGUCAUGAACGAUCAAAUAAAAAAAGAGGCGUUCCGUUGAGUGCAACCUUUCAUGUUUAUGAUAAUGAUCUGCAGUGGGAUUUGCUAAACAUUAAUAGUGCCUCUGAAGAAGAGCUUAUGACACUCUCAGGCAUUUCUCGCUCUAUUGCUCACAAUAUUAUGGAAUACCGUCAAACUAUUGGUGGUUUUAGGAAAGUGGAAGACCUAGCUUUAGUUUCUGGAGUUGGGGCCAGAAAGUUAGAACAAGUUCGCUCUGAAAUUUGUGUCAAUUCUUAUCGGAUUGGCCUUAAAGGAGGAAGUCAGUCAUCAUCUGGUAACAUAUCUCUAGAGUCUUUUGCCAUUUGUGAAAAUAAUCUUAAUUUCCAAGGUUCACAAAUGAAAACUGUAGAUGUGAAUAGAGCUAAUGUAUUUCAGUUAAUGUCUGUACAAGGAAUUAGUCAAGAACUGGCAGCUAACAUUAUCUAUUAUAGAGAAAAAAAAGGACCAUUCCAGACUCUAGAUGACUUGUUGAAAGUGAAAGGAAUUAAGCACCAAAAAUUUGCAACAAUCAGAUUUUUUCUUACUCUUGGUUCUUCAACUUCAAAUGGAGAGAAUGUGUCCCUUCCAACUGGAACACCACAAAAUGACAGAAGCAUAAUUAAAAACAAAAGUUAUUAUAGAAAAACAUUAUCAGCACCUUCCUUAUAUAAUAUGGACAGGAUUAGACUUUUUGAUGAAACAAGCAAAGUUGUGUAUGAUUUUCUUUCUGAUCAUUGCCAUCGACCAAUUGUGGAAGAAGUAUUUAAUUACUGCAGAAAUGAUAAACCAGCAAUUCGUAUUGCAGUGUGGAACCUGGAAGGUCUGACAAUACAAAAAGUUCGGAAUCCAGGUGUACAGGAAGUUAUAUGUAGAACAAUACUUGAAAAUGGGAUAAGUUUAAUUGCCUUACAAGAUGUGACUUCAGAUCUUCCUCUGACUUUGUUGGCAACUGAGUUGAGUCAUCCCCAGCAAAAAAAGGUCAGUAGUUGGAUGGGAGAAAGAGGAAAGUGGAAGAGUGCCUUACCCACAUCACCCACAAAAGAAGGUUCUUGUGGAUUUUUGUUCAACACCAGCUGUAAUAUUGAGUUACAGGAUGCCAAGUUAUUUAUGCCAGCAAAUGGUGAUGGAAUUUUGGAUUUGCUCACUUUGUGUGUAGGCCAUUUCAAGGUGGACGGGAUGAGUCUCACAGUUGUAAAUCAUCACCUGAAGGUUAACACUGUUAAUGGUGAAGUAGGAACAAUGUUAAAAGAAGUAAUGAAGAGUUUGCCAGAACAUUUAGAAGGUGAAAAACGUGUUGUCAUAGUGGGAGAUUUCUAUCUUCCACCCACAGAUCCUG